AUGGGAAAAGCCAAGAAAACGCGCAAGUUUGCCGCUGUAAAGCGCAUGAUUAGUCCUCGCGACACGCGCAUUAAUUCAGUGCGUAAGGCGGUUGCAAAAUUGGAGGAAAAGAAGCGCAAAGAUGCCGAGCCCAAGCAAAUUGAUCAGAUCCCGUCCAAUAUGUUUUUUAAGUAUAAUUCAGCUCUCGGUCCGCCGUACAGUGUUAUUGUGGAUACAAAUUUCAUCAAUUUCUCCAUCAAGAACAAACUUGAGGUCGUCUCGGCCAUGAUGGACUGUCUGCUUGCCAAGUGCACCCCCUGCAUCACGGACUGCGUGAUGGCAGAGUUAGAAAAGCUAGGUCACAAGUACCGUGUGGCACUGCGAUUAGCAAAGGAUCCACGUUUUGAACGGUUGCCGUGCACACACAAGGGCACAUAUGCCGAUGACUGUCUGCUACAGCGUGUGCAACAGCAUCGCUGCUACAUCAUUGCGACGUGUGACCGUGAGCUCAAACGACGUAUCCGUAAGGUUCCCGGUGUGCCUAUCAUGUAUAUCUCCAAUCGCAAGUAUGUGAUUGAGCGACUUCCAGAGGCUAAUGCUGCCAAAAUCAAGUAG